AUGGAGGUGGUGAGGGGCCAGAUGGUGGUGUUACACGCCUGGUACAGCCCCAACUCAGACAUUUCCAAAAACACUGUGGUUUGGCACUUCAAGGGCAACGAGUCCAAGCAGGUGAUAAACUUUAGCUCAGGUGUGGUCGGGCACGGCCAGAACGAAUUCACCAAGAGAGUGGGCUUCAGUGUGGCCAUGCCCUCAGCCAACCUCUCCAUCUACAUCAACAACACCCAGGAGUCUGACUCGGGUCUCUACUUCUGCAACGUCAUCAUCCCCGGAGCUCCUGGCCUUUCUGGGGAGAUGCGCCUUAAUGUCAAAGUCCCUCCUUCCCCCCCAGUGUGCACAAUGACGGGGAACCCGGUGGUGAAGGGCAACGUGACGCUGAGCUGCAAGUCCAGUCAUGGAAAACCCGUCCCGCAGUACAAAUGGACAAAGGCUGCACCCAUGUCAGAGGUCUUCUUCUCCCCAAUGCAGAAUGAGAGACACGGCACCCUCAGGUUGAGCAACCUCACUAAAAGCAUGUCGGGGAAGUACAUCUGCCGGGCCAGCAACACCGCCGGCUCCGACAGCUGCUCCAUUAACCUAGAGGUUAUCACCUCUUCCAACGCUGGCAUGAUUGCGGCGGCUACUCUGGGUUCGGUGGUGGGGCUGGUGGCCAUGGUGCUCUUCCUUAUAUUCAUACUGAGGAGGAGGCGGGACACGGAAGAGGAGAUAGCCAAUGAGAUCAAGGAGGACGCUCAGGCACCAAAGCGAGUGUCAUGGGCGAAGAGCAACACCGGCUCCGACAUCGUGUCCAAGAACGGAACGCUGUCCUCCAUAGCCACCAGCCCUCGACCGCGGGACCCCCACCAACCCAACUACCACUACCCGUACUCCCCCAUAUCGGCCUCAGACACAGGCUCCGUGAUCAACGCCUACCAGCUGCGACCUGGAGAAGCCAACACCUUGCAGGGACUCCCAGGUUACAACAUGGGGGGCACCCCUUCACGUAAACACAAGCGGCCUCCCAGCACCAACGGGGCUCCUCCGCAGCUUCUCAGGAGCCCCGCAGUCGCCAACCCCAAAAGGACUGAGGGGGCUCAGCCUCAGGUGCCACCUCCACUCACUGUGUCCCCACAAAUCAGCUCCAACACCCUGACACGCAUGGGAGCUGUUGCUGUCAUGGUGCCUGCCCAGAGUCAAGCCGGCUCGCUGGUGUAG